CUAUAAUUGUAGAAAUACUGAAACUAAACUCUUAGCAGUUCAUAACCAUUAAUUUUGGGAGAAAGUUAAACUUUCACCAUUGACAGAUCAUACCAACCAUGCAUGCGCAUACACACAGCUAGAUUGUGCAGGUGUGUCUAUGUGGGCACUGCAUGUAUGUAUAAUUAUGUAUAAGAAUAGUUUCACUCAGAAUUCAACUCCAAUAGAAUUUAGAUAUUGCUGCAUUUACCAAGUUACAGCGUUUAGCCACUGUCCCUACGUACAUGUGUGUGUCUGUUAUGAGACAAACUAACUCUACGAAUGGAGGCAGUCCUCUGGUAUCAAGGAAUAGCUGCAAGUGCAAGUACAGAGUGAGGUGGUUCUAUUCCAAGGGAGCCUUUCUCGUUCUGGUCUGGGUUAUACUGUUGAAUAUAGCCUGUGUAUCAGUGUUUCAUGUGUUCCAUCAACGAUCUGAUGUCAGUUUUGUAAUUUCAAAAUGGCUACUUGCUAUCCCAUUUGUGUCUGGCCUGUUCGGAGCUGUAUUCUCAGGAUGGUUAGCCGACGCUAAGUUGGGGAACUACAGAGUGAUGAAAUACUGUUUUGUACUGUUAUUCUUCCUUUGUUUGCUUUCUAGUGCCUUCACCUUAGUUCCUGACAUUACUCAUUACGUGUAUGUUGUGAGUGUCUUGUAUUGCAUUGGUGUGAGUCUCCUUAUAGUAGCUGGAGUAGCAUGCUUCGUUACCUCACUACAACUAGGCCUGGAUCAGAUGCCUGAUGCUUCAUCUUCCAAUAUCACUAGUUUUAUUGCCUGGUUUGUAUUCAGUAUCUAUGCUGGUGUUUGGAUCCCUACUGUUUCUGAUUUGCCCAUUAUAUCAGAUGUUUUGCGUAUCAGUCGUUCAUCAUACUGGGUUGUCCAACUGUACAGUUUGCUGCCACUUUUGUGUAUGAGUGUUGUUCUUAUUCUUGACUUUCUCCUAGCUAAAAAAUGGCUGAUAAUUGAACCAAAGUCACCUCAGUCCUUCAAAACCAUGUACCAUGUUCUCAAGUUUGCUGCCAAGCACAAAGCUCCCCUCAAUCGCAGUGCUCUCACAUACUGGGAGGAAGACGUACCUUCAAGAAUGGACCUGGGAAAGUCGAGAUACGGUGGACCAUUCACUACAGAAGAAGUUGAAGAUGUGAAGACCAUCCUACGUUUGUUGUCCCUCUGCUUAACUCUAUGGCUUCUCGGGUGCUCGCUUGCAUUCUUCCAUCCACUAAACUAUGCUAGUGUUUAUCCUCCUGAUUGGAAGUUUUAUAUUUCAAGGCUUCUGGCUUUAUUCACAUAUCACCAUUUGUGGUGUGGUAUGGUUUGGACUGUCUUUUAUGAGUUUGUGCUAUACCCAGUGAUAUGUAACAAACUUCCCAGCAUUCUUAGAAGAAUUGGGAUAAUUUCUCUCUUCAUUACAACUCUCAGUGUUGUGUUUCUAAUUCUGGAACUACUACAAAACAAUUACGGUGAUAAAUUAGUUGCUAUUACAUAUGUUACAAUCGUUUUGAAUUCAAUUUCUACUGGUGUGCUAACAAUGUUGCUUGCUAGUACCAUGCUGGAGUUAGUUUGUGCUCAAGCCCCAUACAACAUGAGAGGAUUGUUUGGAGGGUGUAUGGUGUUGGUGUUAUUAUCAGUUCUUAUUAUUGGCCAGUUUUCAUUGAACAACACAUUAACAACGUAUGGGGUUAGAGUAGGCAUCAGUCUGCUUGGAUUCAUCCUGUACUGCCUCCUGGCCCGCUGGUACAAGAGGAGAGUUAGAGACGAGGACUACAAUGUACACGGAGUGGUGGAGGAAGUCUAUGAUCGAUACUUGUCAGCUCAGCAUUGAUUACUGUUAGUGACAUGUGUCGAUCAUAAUAAUUAUUAUGUUCAGGUUAGUUUAUAGGUUGUGUUUACUGUAACUAAGCUGUAUAAUUAUUAUUGUUUGUAAACAUGCAGUGUUUGUACACAUAAUUAGUUAAUCAGGCAAUUUGUCAAUGGACACCUUCGUGGUUGUAUUAUGGAUUGAUGCCAUGUAAGAAUACUAAAAGUACGCGACAUGAUUUUUAAUAAUUUUUUAAAUUUCCAUUUUAUAUUGACUGAUUACUCAACCUUUACUGGUGUGUCUCCAUGGGCACUGCAGGAGAUAUUCACUAAAGAGAUUGUAAUCCAAUAUAAACUGAUUGCAUGCAUGCACAGUAUAAGUGUUUUAGCAACCGUGCAUGCAUGUGUCUGUUAUGAGACAAAGACUCCUAGUAUAAUUAGUUAUGAUCGUCAUAAUGACUACUAGUUAUCCCAAUUGUGUUUGGUUUGUUGGGAGCUGUUUUCUUGUGUUUGCGUUCUAGUGCCUUCACCCUAUAGUUCCUGGCAUUCCACAGUACGUGUAUGUUGUGAGUGUCUUGUAUUGCAUAGGUGGGAGUCUCUUUCUAGUAGCUGUAGUUGUUAACUACCUCACUACAGCUAGGCCUGGAUCAUGCCUGAUUGAGAUGUGCUAGUUUUAUUGCCUGGUUUGUAUUCAGUAUCUAUGCUGGUAUUUGGAUCCCAUAUAAUUAUUGCCGAUAUACUCAUUAGAUAUUGUGUAGCAGUCAAUUAUCAUACUGGGUUGUCCAACUGUACAGUUUACUGCCACCAUUGUGUAUGAGUGUUGUUCUUAUAUCCUUCUCUUUCUAUCUAAAAAUGGCUUGAAAUUGAGCCAAAGUCAUCUCAGUCCCUCAAAACCAUCUCUGUGUUCUCAAGUUUGCACAGAGCUCCCCUCAAUCGCAGUGCUCUCACAUAAGUAUAUACUGGGAGGAAGACGUUUGUCUUGAAUUAACUUUAGUUACGUCUUGAUAAGACAAACUUGUUUAAUUUCGAGUGUCCAUUGAAAAUCAGGUUUUUUCAAUAGCGAAAAAUGAUGACUAUAAUUAUGUGUAUGUGCAAAGAAUGUGCAAAUAAAAGUAUUGGUACAUAAAGCUCCAUAACAAAUCCUCUUAUACAACGUGAAUGUACCGUCUAUAGCAAAUGGAAAUAUGAAAUUGAUGAUAUUUGAGCUGUACCAUGUAUUAACAUUAGAUGGAAUGAAAAUUGAAACCCACUCUCACUCUAAUAGCAACGAUCAUUUAUGGAAAGUGUUGAUGUUCCACUGUUGCUGAUUAUAUGAACCACUCAUGCAUGCAUUAAUUUUUAUAGAUACAUGUGUAAGUGUAUGUGUCUACGCCCACUAAUAAUUAACCCGAGGCGCGUAGUCGGCCUCGGUUACAGUAGUCUAUCAGUCUGUCUGUGUGUCCGUGUGUCCGUGUGUCUGUCGCUCAGUUUGGCUUACCUGGUGAUUUAGGCAUCACAAUGUGUACAUAUAGAACUUGCAGCUAAGGCUUAAAAUUUGGCAGAUUUUGCAAAGAAGUCUUUGUUUCGCAGAAAAGGCGAGCUAAACCUAAGAAGCUUUUUGCGUACUACUAAACGCGGCUAUUAUAACAGAGUCUCUGGGAUCCUACUCCAGGAGCCGUGAGACUCCAGGCUUUUUUGCUGUGAUCCUAGUCCACAGUGUAUAUAAAACCCUGUUCUCAAAUGUUUCAGCAUGCCUCCAGUCUGGUUUAGCUUCUGAGUUGCUGUGCUAGACAGUUUAAUAAGUCAUACAUGAUAAUUAUUCAUCACUGCAUGUACUGCAUUAUAUAACUCUUCUGGUUUCUUUAUAUAAUCAUGUCACGUCUCCAGCCGAGCUAUCUCACUUGUGUUUGGUCUGUACGGAGCUGUUUUCUCAGGAUGGCUAGCCGACGCUAAGCUGGGGAACUAUACAGAGUGAUGAAAUACAGUUUUGUACUGUUGUUCUUCCUUUGUUUGCUUUCUAGUGCCUUUACCCUAGUUCCUGCAUGCAUGACAUUACUCAUUACGUGUAUGUUGUGAGUGUCUUGGUGUGCAUUGGUGGGAGUCUCUUUAUAGUAGCUGCAGUAGCAUGCUUUGUUACCUCACUACAACUAGGCCUGGAUCAGAUGCCUGAUGCUUCAUCCAGUAUCUAUGCUGGUGUUUGGAUUCCUGAUGUUGCCGAUUUACCCCUUAGAACUGCUGGCAGUCAAUUACCAUUCUGGGUUUUCCAAGUGUAUAGUUUACUGCUGCCUUAUGUCUGAGUGUUGUUCUUAUUCUUGACUUCUUUCUAGCUAAAAAAUGACUGAUAAUUGAACCAAAGUCCCCUCAGUCCCUCAAAACCAUCUACCGUUUUCUCAAGUUUGCAGCCAAGCACAAAGCUCCCCUCAAUCGUAGUGCUUUCACAUACUGGGAGGAAGACGUACCUUCAAGAAUGGACCUGGGAAAGUUGAGAUAUGGUGGACCAUUCACUACAGAGCAAGUUGAGAUGUGAAGACCAUCCUACGUUUGUUACCCCUCUGUUUAACUCUAUGGUUUCUUGGAUGCUCACUUGCACUCUUCCAUCCAGUAACUUAUUCUAGUGUUUACCCCCUGAUUGGAAGCUUUCUGUUUCAAAGCUUUUGCAUGGCUUUAUUCAUGUAUCACCAUUUGUGGUGUGGUAUGGUUUGACUGUCUUUUAUGAGUUUGCGUUAUACCCAGUGAUACGUAACAAACUUCCCAGCAUUCUUAGAAGAAUUGGGAUAAUUUCUCUCUUCAUCACAGCUCUCAGUAUUGUGUUUCUAAUUCUGGAACUACUACAAAACAAUUACGGGGAUAAAUUAGUUGCAAUCAAGUAUGUUAUAAUCGUUUUAAAUUCAAUUUCUACUGGUGUGCUCACAAUGUUGCUUGCUAGUAACAUGAUAGAGUUAGUUUGUGCUCAAGCUCCAUACAACAUGAGAGGAUUGUUUGGAGGGUGUAUGGUGUUGGUGUUAUUAUCAGUUCUUAUUAUGCCUCGAGGCGUAGCCGCACGAGGGAUACAGUAAAGCUGACUGUGUGUGUGUCU